AUGCCCCGAACGCGUUCCCACUCCAUGCCCUACUCCACCCCCUACCCUUACAUCCCAACUUCCCUAUACACCCACCCAUCCGUUCCCUUCUGCGUCUCCCCUACCAUCGACUACUGCCAAAGUGACGCCUCCUCCUCUCCCCCGCCCAGUCCACCCCAAUCAAUCACCCCACGUCCCCUCUCCCCACCCCCACAGCAACCCUCACACCCACCACCACCUCCCCCACCCAUCCCUCGAAACAACUACCCCAAACUCUACAUCCUCGACGGCGACACCGCCGCCGGCCUGGCAAUCCGCUACUUCAUCCACGAACGCGGCGGUGUCCGCCUCCGCGCCGGCUUCAUCGACGUCCAACUCAAAGACCAGAUCCUACCCUCCUUCAUCUGGGAACAAGACCAUGCCGGCGAGCUACCCAUGCUCUUCCUAGACAAUCCGACGCGUAGACCCGUGCGCAAAGUUGUCGGCUUCGAAGCCAUCACCGAGUACAUAGAUAGCGUGUCGCCCACGGAUCGCUACCUAUAUGGGAAUACGGAGCAGGAGCGGGCGUUGAUACGCUCGUGCAUUCACUGUCUGCGGCGAGAUGUGGUUGAGCCGCUGUAUGAGUGGAAUAAUCAUUACUUGGGGAAUAAGACUGGUGAAGAAGUCACUGGGUAUGCGCCGGUGCCGGGUCGGAGGAGGGCCCUGCAGGAGAGGAUCGAGAUGACGCUGGACCAGGUGGAGGAGAAUUUGGAAGGGUUGGAGUAUCUCCUUGGGAAGUUCUGCGCCGCCGAUGUGUAUCUCUUUGGAAUGGUGGUUGCGCAUGCGGAUCGCUGGCCGUGGUUCUUUGAUGAUGAGAGGAGACCUAGAGUCUCGGAUUACUUUGCUAGGAUGAGUGAACGGCCUAUGGCGCAUUUAGCGGAUGAGUUUUGGGAUACUACCCGGACGACGGUGGUGGACUAGGGUGAUGUUUGAGGUUUUAUAUUUGGGACUUUUGCUUUGUAUAUACAGACUGUCUGGUAUUGUGCGGAUUUGUCUUCUG